GUGUUAGAAAACUUAGACAACAGCGAAAGUGCGAAUCACUAAAAUGUUGUCAUCCUCAACCUCAAGGAUCACUUUCAUUUUUAGGUAUUCUCUUCUCCAAAUCCCUAAUUUUGUUUCUUUCCCUUCCUCUUCAUCCCUUCACUCUCAUUCUGAGCCCCCAUCCACUCGCCAAGUUGAUGAAGCUGUUGAUUCCUUCACUCGCAUGCUCUCUAUGCGUCGUACUCCUCCCAUCAUCCAAUUUAACCAGAUUUUGGGUUCCCUUUCCAAGACGAAGCAUUUCCACGCCGCCGUCUCCCUUUUUCAGCAAUUGCAAGCCAGGGGAAUUGCGCCCAGCAUAGUCACUUUGAAUAUCUUAAUCAAUUGUUGCUGCGGCAUGGGUCGUAUGACGCUUGCUUUCUCUGUGUUGGCCAAGAUUUUCAGAAUGGAUUAUCAACCUGAUACGGUAACAUUGAAUACACUCGUUAAAGGUCUCUGUCUCUGUGGUAAUGUUGAAAAAGCAAUGCACUUUCAUGACAGAGUGCUGGCUCAUGGAUUUCACUUUAAUGAAGUCACUUAUGGGACCUUAAUUAAUGGGCUCUGUAAGACGGGGCACACAUCAGCUGCUAUUCAAGUGCUGAGAAGGAUCCCACGGCAUGGGAUUGUUCCUAAUGUCUUCAUGUACAACUCAAUUAUUGAUAGCCUCUGCAAGGAUACACUUGUAAGUCAGGCUUUUCAUUUAUUCUCUGAAAUGCUUGCUAAGGGAAUUUCUCCCGAUGUUAUCACAUACAGUUCUCUCAUUUUUGGAUUGUGUCUUGAGGGUCAAUAUAAGGAAGCCAUUGAUUUGUUAAGUGAUAUGGUGCUUAGAAACAUUACUCCAAAUGUUCGUACCUAUAGUAUUUUGAUCGAUGGGCUAUGCAAGGAAGGAAAGAUCAAAGAUGCUAAGAGUGUAUUGGCUGUAAUGGCAAAACAUGGUGUGAAACCAGAUGUAGUUACUUAUACCAGCUUAAUGGAUGGAUAUUGUUUGGUUAAUCAGGUAAAUAAGGCAAAAUAUAUAUUCAACACAAUGGCCCAAAUUAGAGUGUCACCCAAUGUUCAAAGUUACAGUAUCAUGAUUAAUGGCUUCUGCAAAAGUAAAAUGGUCGAUGAAGCCUUGAAUCUCUUUGAAAAAAUGCGUCGCAAGAACUUGGUUCCAGACACGGUAACUUACAGCACUCUUAUUGAUGGCUUGAGCAAAUCAAAGAGAAUCUCUUGUGCUUUGGAGCUUCUUGUCAAGAUGCACGAAAGAGGUCCACCUGCUGAUGUAGUCACUUACAAUUCCUUGUUGGAUGGGAUGUUCAAUAUCAAACAAGUUGACGAGGCACUUAUGUUAUUCAAGCAAAUGAAAGAGAGUGGCAUUGAUCCAGAUAUAUUCACGUAUAAUGUACUUAUUGAUGGCCUAUGCAAAGGUGGAAGACUUAUUGUUGCAAAAGAGAUUUUUCAAGAUCUUUCCGUGAAAGGCUAUCCUCCAAAUGUGAGGACAUACACUAUUAUGAUCAAUGGGCUCUGCAGAGAGGGCUUGUUUGAAGAAGCAUUGGCCCUGCUGUCGGAAAUGGAACACAAUAGUUGCUUACCAAAUGCUGUGACUUUUGAAACUGUUAUUCGUGCUUUGUUUGAAAAAGAUGAGAAUGACAUGGCGGAGAAACUUCUUCGGGAAAUGGUUGCUAGAGGCUUAUUGAAUUGAUAAAAGAAGGCCGAGUGGAUGGUGCCUGAAGUGUUAAGAAAUGAACCUUCAAAUGAAAAGUGCGAUGUUUAUACUUUGGAGUCAUAUUAUGGGAGCUCUCUACUUUGCAACAGCCCUGGGGUGGAAUGAAUCGAUGCAAGUUGUGGGUGCUGUCGGUUUCCAGCAUCGUUGCCUUGUCAUUCCAGAUGAUAUGGACCCUGUUAUCACGGAUAUUAUCAAGCAAUGCUGGCAGACGUGAGUGUACUCUUCAAUCAUUUUAUCUGUAUUCUAAGAUAUCAGAACUCUUGCUUAUAGCAUUCUGAAAACCGCUUUUUCUAUUGGAUAUGAAUAAUCACAUGAAAGGAAAUACACAUUUGAUCUUGCCAAGGUACAGUUUUGUUUCAAUAUAACCAUUUUUUUAAUAAAAAAUCCUUAUAAAGUGCAAGCCAGUUUCAACAAACCCCUGUAAUGAUGACUCGUUGUUUUCUCUAAAAGAGUUUUACGCACGAUAGGGACUUGAUUACACAAUUUUUAAACUAGAAGACUUGGUUGAAAAAUAUUUGUAUAGUAUAUGGACUUAAUUAAAAACUUCUAGACUAUAGGGAUUUGUCGAAAAUAUUUCGCAUAUACAGGGAUGCCCUUGCAAAUGUUUAAAGCUUUAGGAACCUUUAUAAUACUUAACCUACAAUCAUGGUUGUUGUGACUAUAUGAUACUCAUUGGUUCUAAAGAUUUGUAUGGUAGAGAUCCAAAGUUGAGAACGAAAUAAUGGCGGCCCUGAAGCAGUUGCACAAGCUGAUCAUUGGUUCUCAAUCUGAAGUGUCGAAACCAGGUAGGCAUGCGAAGGCUCAGUCAUCAAGAGUUGGUGCAGACUUCUAUAUCUUUUUCCAUUUUUGCAGAUAAAGAAAAUGAUGGGAAGACGAGUUGUAUAGUAUUUUUGCUCAUUCAGUCCUGUGAUUCUUUUCAGUCUUGUCCCUUUUCUUUCCUUUUUUUUUAUUUCUUUCUUCCCAUUUACU